CAGUGGAUUAGGUUUUGCUCAGUGUUGUCUCUUUCUGUUUCUGAAUUGCAUUCGAUGACUGUUCCGGAGGAUGAAAAGCCGGUUCUUGAGCUGCGGGUGAGAGUCGAAGACGAUGAGAAAAAGGGUUCUUAUGUGAAAUUGAGUGAGGGUUUAGAGAAAAACCAAGAAGAAGAAGAAGAAAAAAUUGAUUCGUCGCGGUUUUGGUUUUGGUUCAAGCUUUCUCUUUUAUUCGCCUUUCUUGCUGCAUUGGCUGUUGUGGGUUACAUAUGGAUCGGUCCAUUGAUCAUGGAUAAGGAGCUUAUCCCGCUUAUACAAUGGGAGAUAAGAACUUUUACACAUCCUGUGUGCGGUCUUCUUGUCUUUGCGUCUGUGGCAAUAUUUCCGACUAUACUUCUUCCAUCUACACCAUCAAUGUGGAUUGCUGGGAUGACUUUUGGUUAUGGCUAUGGGUUUCUACUUAUUAUCUCAGCUGCAGCUGUUGGUGUAUCACUACCUUACUUUAUUGGACAACUCUUCUGCCACAAAAUUCAAGGAUGGCUAGAAAGAUAUCCUGACCAAGCAGCCGUAUUAAGAGCUGCUGGUGAAGGGAAUUGGCUUCACCAAUUUCGAUUAGUAACCUUAAUUCGGAUUUCUCCAUUCCCUUACAUUCUUUAUAACUACUGUUCUGUAGCAACUCGUGUUAAGUAUGGUCCUUACAUCACAGGCUCUCUCUUAGGCAUGGUGCCUGAGGUAUUUGUCGCAAUCUACACAGGGAUUCUUGUAAGGACUUUAGCAGAAGCAUCUUCUGCAGAAAAACAGGGUCUCUCGGUUACACAGGUUAUUCUCAACAUUCUCGGCUUCUUAGCAACAGUGGCUACAACAAUUCUCAUCACAAAGUAUGCGAAAAGACAGCUGGAGACUAUGAAGAAAGAGGAGGAAGUAUUGUUGCAGUAAAACUGUAAAACCACGUGACAAACUCUGAGCUUCUUUUGUCUCUCUGCUCUUUUAUCUGAAACAUCUCUUGUCUUCUUACACAGUACAGGUCUGUUCCAAGAUGUGAAAGAGCUUUGGUUUUUUUGUCCUUGGUUCUUUUAAUUUCUUUUAUUAACAGCCUCAAAUGUGAAGGUUAAAAAAAUGGGUUAACAAGU